AUGGAGGCGGCCGCCUCGUCCUCGUCCUCGUCCGGGGCCCCGCGGUGGUUCAACGCUUUGCGGUUCGACAACCGGGCUCUGCGGGCUCUGCCGCUGGAUCCGAGCGAGGAGAACGUCCCUCGGUCCGUGCCGGGCGCCUGCUUUUCUCGGGUGCGGCCCACGCCAGUGCAGUCCCCGCGGCUGGUGGCCGCCUCCGCGCCGGCGCUGGCUCUGCUGGGCUUGAGGGAUCCGCAGAAGCCGGAGGAGGAAGAGGAGGCCGCGCUCUGCUUCAGCGGGAACCGGCUGCUGCCGGGAGCCGAGCCGGCCGCCCACUGCUACUGCGGCCACCAGUUCGGCAGCUUCGCGGGGCAGCUGGGCGACGGCGCGGCCGUGUACCUGGGGGAGGUGCUGAACCCGCGUGGGGAGCGCUGGGAGAUCCAGCUCAAGGGCGCCGGACUCACCCCUUUCUCCAGACAAGCAGAUGGUCGUAAAGUUCUGAGAUCAAGCAUAAGAGAAUUCCUUUGCAGUGAGGCCAUGUUUCACCUAGGAAUACCAACCACCAGAGCAGGGACAUGUGUAACAUCGGAUUCAGAAGUUAUUCGGGAUAUAUUUUAUGAUGGAAAUCCCAAAAAAGAAAAGUGUACAAUUGUACUAAGAAUAGCACCAACAUUUAUUAGGUUUGGAUCAUUUGAAAUUUUUAAAUCUACUGAUGAAUUUACAGGACGUAAAGGUCCCAGUGUUGAUAGAAAUGAUAUUAGAGUUCAAAUGCUUGAUUAUGUGAUUAGCACUUUCUAUCCAGAUAUUCUGCAAACACACCCUGACAAUAAUAUUCAGAGGAAUGCAGCUUUCUUUCGAGAGGUAUCAAGACGGACAGCCAGGAUGGUUGCUGAAUGGCAGUGUGUUGGAUUUUGUCAUGGUGUGCUCAACACAGAUAAUAUGAGUGUACUUGGACUUACAAUUGACUAUGGACCUUUUGGAUUUAUGGACAGAUACGAUCCUGAACAUAUUUGCAAUGGAUCUGAUAACACAGGACGAUAUGCUUAUAAUAAGCAACCAGAGAUUUGUAAGUGGAAUCUAACUAAAUUUGCUGAAGCCUUAGUCCCAGAACUUCCACUGGAAAUCAGCACGCCCAUUCUGGAAGAGGAAUAUGAUGCAGAAUUUGAAAAGCAUUAUUUGCAAAUGAUGAGAAGGAAACUAGGAUUAAUUCAGCUCCAGCUAGAUGAAGAUAAUAAGCUGGUCCUUGAUCUCUUGGAGACUAUGCACAUCACAGGUGCAGACUUUACAAAUACCUUCCGCUUGCUGAACUCAUUCCCUGUGGAUUUUGAUCCUUUAAAUCUAGAAGAGUUUCUGGAUCAGAUCUCAAAGCAAUGUGCGUCUUUGGAGGAACUGAAAGUUGCUUAUAAGCCUCAGAUGGAUCCUAGGCAACUUUCCAUGAUGUUAAUGUUAGCACAGUCUAACCCACAACUCUUUGCCUUGAUUGGAACAAAGUCGAAUAUUAAUAAGGAAUUGGAACGAAUAGAACAGUUCUCUAAGCUGCAGCAAUUAACAACCUCCGAUUUAGUCAAUAGAAAUAAAAAAAACUGGAAAAACUGGUUGCAGAAUUACAGAGAUAGGCUAGAAAAAGAAAUGGAACACAUUAGUAAUACUGACACAUGGAAUGAUGAGCGUCUGAAAAUUAUGAAUGCCAGCAAUCCAAAAUAUAUAUUGAGGAACUAUAUUGCUCAAAAGGCUAUUGAAGCAGCAGAAAAUGAUGACUUUCUAGAGGUGAGAAGAGUCUUGAAACUUCUAGAAAGGCCAUAUGAAGAUUCAGAAUGCUUCCUAGAGCUUUCUGAGGAGAGGGAGGAGGAAGAAAGUGUGAUGGCAGCUGCUCCUGCUGUUGCUACCUGCAGCUCAGGAACCCAGGAAAGAAUUCCAUAUAGCAAUGUGACAAUCAAUUGUUCGGGCACGUACUUCAUAUGCCAGGAGACUCGGUAGGUUGACGUUUAUCUUCUCUCUUGAGCAGGAAGUGCUAUUGUAUUUUUAUGCAUACUGGCUGGUGAACAUCCAAAUGAAAUCUGUGUUUUUGAAGACAAAAAUAUGAAACCGGAUGCUGGGUAUAUUUUUGUCUGAAAAUGAGCUACUAGUACUUCAGAGCUAUGUU